GAUACUCCUCAACUGCUUAAACAUUCUGAGCCUAUAAUAGAGGAAGCUCUGGUCCCUGCACCAUGAACCAAAGUGCUGUUUUUAUUUUCUGCCUCAUCUUCCUGACUUUGAGUGGAAUUCAAGGAACACCUCUCAUGAGAAGAACAACACGCUGCACCUGCAUCAAGAUUAGUAACCAACCUGUUAAUCCAAAAUCCUUAGAAAAACUUGAACUUAUUCCUGCAACUGAAUUUUGUCCAGUUGAGAUCAUUGCCACAAUGAAAAAGAACGGGGAGAAGAGAUGUCUGAAUCCAGAAUCUAAAGCCAUCAAGAAUUUACUGAAAGCACUUAGGAAAGAAAGGUCGAAAAGAUCUCCUUAAAACCAGAGAAAAGCAAAAUCACUGCAGUGAUGUUAAGGAUGGACCAGAAAGAAGCUAUGUCUAUUACUUCCCUGCAGAGAGUAUGUCUCUGUCCCUGGUUUGCAGUUCUCCUGAAAAGUGACCAACAAUAGUCACCAAAUUAGCUGCUAUUCCUCCUGUGGGACAGGGGAUGGUUCAUUAUCCUAAUGUAGUAAUUUCUUUAGUAAUAAGACUUACUAGCUCUAUUACUAGUAGCUAGUAAUAGCGCUAAUAACUAGUAAUAACUCUGUCCUGGCACUAUACCAUAAGUUAUGUUGAGGUGCUACCUUCUUAGCAAAUGUGCCAAGUCCUAGCCUGCUACUGACACUUUCCUCACCUAUCCUAUCUGCUAAAGGUUAUUAAGGGAUCCUUUUAACUUCUGGAUUUAUCAAAUUCUUCGAUUCUCAAAUAACUAAAGGUAUACAGUCAAAAGUAUAUCUGCUUAUUAAUGAAUAAUCUUUACUUCAUGGGUUUCUACUGCAAUCCUCUCAAGGGAUAUAUUUUUCUCAGUGGUUACAUACACAUAAUUCCAAAUACCUACAGGAAGUUAGAUAUGUCUGGAAAAUAUGUGUAAAUAUUGUUAUUUAACAAAAGACUGUAAAAAGUUUUUAGACAUAUAUUUUUAUAUUGUUUUCAAUGUAUAUGAAAUAAUUUGUAUAAUUCAAGUACUACAGACAAAUGAGUUAGUGGGGUAAUUUUUAAAUCUAGAUGUAUGUGUUGCAUGUUAUGUAAGACAAAUGUGUUGAAUGGUUUUCAAAACAAAAAUGAUGUGCUGUCAUGGAAAUAUUAAAAAAGGUUAUGUAACUGUUGCAAGACCAAGAAGGUAAUAAAGUAAU